UUUUUUUUUAAAUUUUGAACACUACCUACCCUAUGUUAAAAAUGACUAUUGAUAAUGAUGUGAGCGUUAUGGAAAAGGUUUUAGACGGUUUUAGAUACCUAUUACCUGAGAUUUUAAUGUUUUCACUUGUAUAUAGCUUGUAGACACUUGUAGGUAUUGUUAACAUAUUAAAUUGUUUCCAGAUUAUAUAAUGUUUCCAUGAUUUUGCAUAAAUGGGUAUGUAAAAUGUAAUAAGGAUUGUUUUUUGGUACUGAAAUUAUUGUUGACAUGGGUAGAAGGAGAAAACUUAAAACUUCAGUGUCUAAAAGACAUGCCAGGCGUAUCAUUGGGCAUCAAACUGCCAUGGAUUUAGAAGCAAUAAAUGGUCUAUCACCAUAUCAUUCAGUUGAGGAACUUGAAACUGAUGAUGAUCAGUAUCCUGAUCAAUGUAGUGAACAUUUGGUGUAUUAUGAUGAUGAAAAUAUGGCCAACAACAGCAAUUUCCAUAAUCUCAGAAAUAGUUCUCCAUCACUAAGCACUUGCAGUGGAUUAAUUGAGGAAAGAAACAUAGAUCCAGUCCUGGUUCCUGAUAUCCAGAGUAAUUGUGAGGAAGAAUGCCAAGCUAUGAAUAAUUCACAUGAAAAUAAUAGUGAUUUUAAUGAUAAAAAUCUUGAUUUUAAAAAUCAUUUAGCAUCAUGGGCUGUUAAAUAUAAUGUUCCUCAGAAUGCUUGUAAUCAAUUGCUAAAUAUUUUGAGAGAAUUUACAGAUUUUGAUCUACCAAAGGAUACAAGAACAUUGCUGAAAACUCCAAGGAAAACAGAUUUGAUUUCUAUAGAUGGUGGAAGCUAUUAUCAUUUUGGUCUGAACAGCAUCAUUGAAAAAAUGUUGAAUGAAGUCGAAUUGACAAAAAUUGACUUGCUUGUGAAUAUUGAUGGACUUCCAUUAUCAAGAUCAUCAACAGCUUCUUUUUGGCCAGUUUUGUGUUCUAAUACAAUGAAUAAAAAAGUUUAUAUUGUAGGAGCUUAUUAUGGAUAUAAAAAACCUGAGAACUGCAAUGAGUUUUUAGGUUUCUUAACACAGGAUCUAGAGAUAUUAUUGAAUGAUGGAUAUACAAAGAAUGGCAAACAAGUUCAAAUUCGUUUGCAUGCACUGCAGGGUCCACUUCCAGUCAGAAUAUCUGCACGACAAGUAAAUGAUAUUUCUAAAUUGUUACUUUCUCUGAAAAAUACAAAACCAAAUGAAUUUGUGAGGAGACCUCGCCCUUUGAAAGAUGUAAGGCAGUGGAAGGCAACUGAAUUCAGAACUUUUUUACUUUACACAGGACCAAUUGUAUUGAAGAAUAUCUUGAAGCAUGAUUUUUUCAUUCAUUUUAUGUCUCUGCGUAUAGCUAUAACUAUUUUAGUCAGCCCAAGACUAUGCCAAUCUGAUGAAAAUAUAGAUUAUGCAGAGGCUUUACUCUCACAUUUUGUCAGUUCUUUUGAAAGACUUUAUGGAGAACAGUAUGUCUCCCAUAAUGUCCACAAUUUGCUUCAUCUUUGCAAUGAUGUACGAAAGUUUGGGCCACUAGAUUCUUUUAGUGCAUUUCGUUUUGAAAAUUUUAUGUCAUCCAUCAAGAAACUCUUGAGAAAAAGUGAGAAACCACUAGAACAAUUAGUGAGAAGAUAUUCAGAAAUUGAAUGCAUUGAAAUUCCUGAAAAAAAUCGGUCUUGUGACUCUGAACUGUGCUUUAGUAGUGAACAUUCAAAUGGGCCUUUAGAUAACCAUUUCAAUAAUGAUUAUGAUUCUCAAUAUCGAAUAAUGACCUUCCAGAAUUGUACCUUCAAAUGUAAAAGCAAAUGUGACAAUUGUUGUUUAUUGAAAAAUAAUUGUUGCAUUGUUAUGGAAAAUAUUGUUAGAGGCAGUGACAAUAUUAUGUAUAUUGUUGGAAAAAAACUUAAAGAAAUUGGAAGCCUUUACAAGUCACCAUGUGACUCUGUACUUUUGGACAUUAGAAUCAUAUGUGAUGACGAAAAUUCUAGAAGAAUGCGUUGGCCAGUAACUGAUAUUAAAUGCAAAGUAUGGAAGAUGCCCUACAGAGAAAAUUAUGUUGUAUUUCCAUUGAUUCAUACUAACUGAAGUAAAGUCACUAUCCAUGUCAACAAUAUUUUUCCCAAAUAAACAUACUUGACAAUAAGACCCUGAGUUAUACAAAUAUCCAAUUUCAUGCAGAAGAACAAAAAAUGAAAAAAUAUUCAGUAGUGGAGUUUUCCGAUGGCUUGGCAUUGGUGCCAUCUGUCUGGUUGAAUGAAAAAAAUGAUACCUGCAUUUAUCCCACCCACAUAAAAAGCCAGAGUCGACUAAAUAAGGCAAUUUUUGAAGAAUAGCUACCCACUGAAUUUGAGGAAUGGAAUAAACAUUCUGUAAUGAGAAUAUAUGGAACAUCAGAUUCUUUUGAUAAAGGCAUGAGGAAGCUACAAUUAGCUGAAGAGACAUCAAAUGUUGACACAGAUAGCUAUGAUGCAGAAUCUCAGGAAAGAGACAAUCAGGAGUUAAUUCUCCUUCCUGUUCCAUGCUAAAUAGGGUUUUGGAGCCUGGAAAAAAAUCUGUUCUUCAUGAAAAAAAUAUCAUAUGUACCCCAAAAAGGAGAGUAGAAGAUAAAUCAAGACAAAAAGAAACAGAAAAUAUUGAUGGACGAGAAAAAUUUGUCUCACCUAAAAAUCUUCUACAGGGUCAUACACAUGCAGAAAUUUCAUCUUCUGAAAAUGCAUCUAGAAAUGAGUUUCGAAAACUGGUCCUUUCAAAAUUAAACACUUUGUUGAAAAAAAGUGAUCAAAUUGAAGAGAGGCUUAUUGCAUUGGAGCAGUUGAGACAAAAUAAAGCUGACGAUGAUGUGGAAUCAGAUGAGGAAGGCAUUGGUAUUCCUUUGACAAAUUUAGCUGAACUAGAUGAUUUUGAAGAAAAAAUUAAGACUAAUUCAGAUUAUUCUAGAAAAUUGAUUAAUGUUCUGAAAAGAAGUGGAGGAUCAGAUGUCAACUCCAUUAUAUAUGGGAUUAUGAGACAACUUCUUACCAAUUCCCUUGCCCAAAAAUUCAGCUGGGUUGGUUUCAAAGGAAAAAAAAAUUUCAAGGAACUCCGUCUGGCCAAACUAAUAACAAAAACUGUUCGUAUUCAUAAAAAUACUAUAACUGAUGAUGUCAUUGCCGAGGCGAUCAGCAAAUGGUUAGCUCAAGCACAACUGAGAGCAUCCAGGGAAGAGAUGAGGGCCAAUAAGAAUAAAUCGAAUAACUCUGUGGAAGAAAGUGAUGAAAAUUAA